GGUGACACGGCGACACGCCUCCGCCUCCGUAAUGGCCCCGCCUCGCAGGGGCGGGCGGCAGCUGUGACGGAGCGAAGAUGGCGGCGGCCGCAUCUGAGCUGCUGACGGGAUGGUGCCUCUUCGGCCUCGCGUUGCUGGCUAUUCUGAUUUUCUGCUGGUUUUAUGUACGCAAGUAUCAAAGUCGACGAGAAAGUGAAGUAAUUUCUACCAUAACGGCUAUCUUUGCAUUGGCAGUUGCACUUAUCUCAUCAGCACUGCUACCAGUAGACAUCUUCUUGGUUUCGUAUAUGAAAAAUCAAAAUGGUACAUUUAAGGACUGGGCCGAUGCUAAUGUUUCAAGACAGAUUGAAGACACUGUACUUUAUGGAUACUAUACCUUGUACUCCAUCAUAUUGUUCUGCGUCUUUCUGUGGAUACCCUUUGUCUAUUUCUAUUAUGAGGAGAAGGAAGAAGAUGAUGGCAACACAUGCUCACAGGUUAAAACUGCACUCAAAUAUACUCUGGGAUUCCUCACAAUUUGUGCAGUUCUUCUCUUAAUUGGGGCUUUUGUUCCUUUGGAUAUUCCCAAUAAGAAGAACUCCACAGAAUGGGAGAAAGUGAAGCUCCUCUUUGAAGAAUUUGGAAGUAGCCAUGGCUUGACUGCUCUUUCAUUUUCCAUUAGUUCCUUGACUGUGAUUGGAAUGUUGGCAGCUAUCACUUACACAGCUUAUGGUAUGUCAGCUUUGCCUCUAAACUUGAUUAAAGGAACUACCAGUGCAGCUUAUGAACGUUUGGAGAACACUGAAGAUAUUGAAGAAGUGGAGCAACGUAUGUUAAGGAUUAAGUCCAAGUGCAGAGAUGGUCGACCUCUGUCAUCAAGGGAUAGACGGACUGUGCAACAGCUAGAAGAGAGACUAAGAACACUUCGAAGGAGAGAGAGGCAUCUGGAAUCAAUUGAGAAAAGUUGGUGGGCGAAGUUCUGUGAAGCUAUCCGACCUCUAAAGAUUGUGUGGGGAGUAUUCUUCAUCAUCGUGGCACUGCUUUUCACUGUCUCUCUCUUCUUGUCAAAUUUAGACAAGGCUCUACAUUCAGCUGGCUUCGACUCUGGAUUUAUAAUUUUAGGAACUAAUCUGACUAAUCCAUUGAAUAUGCUGUUACCUGUUCUUCAAACAGUUUUUCCACUUGAUUAUAUUCUUAUUACAACUAUUGUUAUGUACUUCAUUUUCACAUCGAUGGCAGGGAUUCGAAAUAUGGGUAUAUGGUUCUUCUGGAUAAGGCUGUAUAAAAUCAGACGAGGAAAAACUCGACCUCAGGCACUCUUAUUUCUCUGUAUGAUACUUCUAUUGAUAGUUCUUCAUACAAGUUACAUGAUCUACAGUCUUGCUCCUCAAUAUGUAAUGUAUGGAAGCCAAAAAUACUUGGUACAGAGUAAUAAGACAACUGAUGGCCAGCCAGGGAAUGUCACAACAUUUGUUUCUAAAGACUGUGAUGCAGAUGCACCUGAAGAUCAGUGUAUCGUUACUCGGACAUACCUUUUUCUUCACAAAUUUUGGUUCUUCAGUGCUGUCUACUACUUUGGGAACUGGGCAUUCAUUGCAGUCUUUUUAAUUGGAUUAAUUGUAUCAUGCUGCAAAGGCAAGAAAUCAGUCAUUGAAGGUGAAGUGGAUGAAGAUGAUUCAGAUAUGAGUGAUGAUGAACUGUCUGUUUAUUAUCGUUGAUAGCCUUUUACCUUUAAGAUGGGAAAAUGUAACUUAAAAUUAUGCUGAAAAUAAUAUCCAUGAAUUGCUAUCCAAAUGAGCAUCCUUGUACCUGUAAAAAUAAGUGUUCUUGCUUAGAGGGGGUCAAAAACUGAAUGUCACUUGAGUAUCUCUGUUAUAUCAGAGCAAAUAGUGAAACUGGAUUUGAAUAAUAUAUAGAAAAUACUGUUUUAUGAUUAAAUGUAUAUGUGUAACUUUCUGAUGUACAAUUUGAUAAACUGACCGCAGUUAUUUCAUAACUCAUGUUGUUUUUCUCUUAACUUAUGCUUCUUAAAUGAUUUCAUACCUAACUUGUAGAACACUAUUUUUUUAUUCAAGCUCAUAAAUAAAGUGAGCUAAAAUCCUGCAAAACAGCUGAUAUAAACAUUGCUAGGAAGAUGUGGAUCAAGUUUUCACUUCCAGGCGAAUGCAACUUAACUUCUGCAUUAACUUUGCUAAUGUUUCUAGGAUUCCCAUAAUAAACUAUAGCUGGUACAAUACUGUACUUAAAGUGUGCCAGAAACCUGAACUUGAGGUAGGUAGCAAGUUCCCAGUAUAUGAAGAAUGAGUCACUUGCACUGUCUUAUCCCCAUAAAGCUACAGUAGAAUCCUCUAGUAACCACGAGGUGGCUUUUGCUCUGUAAGAAAAAUUGUUAGUAUAAAUGACAAUAUUCAGCACUGUUGCAGUGUUUUAGUAUGGCUCAGUUCUGAAGCUGCCAGGUGCCUGACUCAGUAAUAACCAAUGGAAUAAUUAAGAUUUGAUCAACUGUCAAUUUAUUUUUUCUCUAAGGCCUAUUGUCUAGUUUGAAGCUUUUCUAUUUUUAAUGUGAAUGUUGUCAACUUGUUUACAAGCCAAAAAGUUUAUAUAAAAACAGUCCA